UGCUUCUCUUUGUUCUUACGAACAGAAUUGUUCCAUUAUUUUCAAUGGAACGGAAUAAAAAUUAACCCUUUCUCAUACGGAAUCUACUGAAAAGGUUAGAUACAUAGUAUAGUCUUUUCCAAUGCGAUAAAAUAAAGUGACAUAGUGUCUAUUUUUCUUUGAUAAAGGGGUAUUUCCAUGGGUUUGCCUUGGUAUCGUGUUCAUACUGUCGUAUUGAAUGAUCCCGGUCGAUUGCUUUCUGUCCAUAUAAUGCAUACAGCCCUAGUUGCUGGUUGGGCCGGUUCGAUGGCUUUAUACGAAUUAGCGGUUUUUGAUCCCUCUGACCCCGCUCUUGAUCCAAUGUGGAGACAAGGUAUGUUCGUUAUACCCUUCAUGACUCGUUUAGGAAUAACCAAUUCGUGGGGUGGUUGGAGUAUUUCAGGAGGAACUGUAACGAAUCCCGGUAUUUGGAGUUAUGAAGGUGUGGCAGGGGCACAUAUUGUGUUUUCUGGCUUGUGCUUCUUGGCAGCUAUCUGGCAUUGGGUGUAUUGGGACCUAGAAAUAUUCUGUGAUGAACGUACGGGCAAACCAUCUUUGGAUUUGCCUAAGAUCUUUGGAAUUCAUUUAUUUCUCUCAGGGUUGGCUUGCUUUGGCUUUGGCGCAUUUCAUGUAACAGGUUUGUAUGGUCCUGGAAUAUGGGUGUCCGAUCCUUAUGGACUAACUGGAAAAGUACAACCCGUAAGUCCAGCGUGGGGCGCAGAAGGCUUUGAUCCUUUUGUUCCCGGAGGAAUAGCCUCUCAUCAUAUUGCAGCGGGUACAUUGGGCAUAUUAGCAGGCUUAUUCCAUCUUAGUGUCCGUCCGCCUCAACGUCUAUACAAAGGAUUACGUAUGGGCAAUAUUGAAACUGUACUUUCCAGUAGUAUCGCUGCUGUUUUUUUUGCAGCUUUCGUUGUUGCUGGAACUAUGUGGUAUGGUUCAGCAACUACCCCAAUCGAAUUAUUUGGUCCCACUCGUUAUCAGUGGGAUCAGGGAUACUUUCAGCAAGAAAUAUAUCGAAGAGUUAGCGCCGGACUAGCCCAAAAUCUGAGUUUAUCGGAAGCUUGGUCUAAAAUUCCCGAAAAAUUAGCUUUUUAUGAUUACAUUGGUAAUAAUCCAGCAAAAGGGGGAUUAUUCAGAGCAGGGUCAAUGGACAACGGGGAUGGAAUAGCUGUUGGGUGGUUAGGACACCCCGUCUUUAGAGAUAAAGAAGGGCGCGAGCUUUUUGUACGUCGUAUGCCUACCUUUUUUGAAACAUUUCCGGUAGUUUUGGUAGAUGGAGACGGAAUUGUUAGAGCCGAUGUUCCUUUUAGAAGGGCAGAAUCAAAGUAUAGUGUUGAACAAGUAGGUGUAACUGUUGAGUUCUAUGGUGGCGAACUCAAUGGAGUCAGUUAUAGUGAUCCUGCGACUGUAAAAAAAUAUGCUAGACGUGCCCAAUUAGGUGAAAUUUUUGAAUUAGAUCGGGCUACUUUGAAAUCUGAUGGCGUUUUUCGUAGCAGUCCAAGGGGUUGGUUCACUUUUGGCCAUGCUACGUUUGCUUUGCUCUUCUUUUUCGGACACAUUUGGCAUGGCGCUAGAACCUUGUUCAGAGAUGUUUUUGCUGGCAUUGAUCCAGAUUUGGAUGCUCAAGUGGAAUUUGGAGCAUUCCAAAAACUUGGGGAUCCAACUACAAAGAGACAAGUAGUCUGAUACAACAUUGCUCUGGUAUCUUUCGCCUCUUUUUUUGAUUUGACAUAGGGUUAGGGUACUGAAGAAAUCUUGACUUGAAUCACCAUCUUUCUUUGACUCUUUCCUUUUCUUUAUAUGGUAAAUGAUGCCAAAUGAAUAGGUGUGGAAGCUAUAAUUGUAAACCACGAUCGAAUCUAUGGAAGCAUUGGUUUAUACAUUCCUUUUAGUCUCGACUUUAGGGAUAAUUUUUUUCGCUAUCUUUUUUCGAGAACCGCCUAAGGUUCCAACUAAAAAAUGAAAUAAUUUUUCAUUAUCUCAGUUGAAGUAAUGAGUCUCCCCAUAUGGGAGGCUCAUUACUUCAACUAGUCCCCGUGUUCUUCGAAUGGAUCUCUUAGUUGUUGUGAGGGUUGCCCAAAAGCGGUAUAUAAGGCGUACCCAGUAAAGCUUACAAGUAAACCAGAUAUGAAGAUGGCGACUAGGGUUGCUGUUUCCAUUUUUAGACAAUUUCAAGAUCACAAUGGAUCUACGAUAAGAUCGUUUAUUUACAACUACAACGGAAUGGUAUACAAAGUCAACAGAUCUCAACCAAUGAUUAAAUAGGAUUUA